AAAGGAGAGGCAUUAUCUGAUGCGGACAAAGCUCUACUUGCCCAAGCCUUAACUCAAGCUCAGGACUGUCCUAAAGACAUCCUACAUGUUUUUGCCACAAAUAAAGAGGUAAACCAGCACAAUGCUGACACCAUAUCUGCUCUGUACUCUGAACUGGUGAAUGUAGAUGCUCAUGACUAUAAAAAAGAUCUUCAAACUGGUCGGAUGGAAAGGCAGAGUGCACCUUUUGAAGGUUGUAAAGGUGAUCUACCAGAUAGAUUACAACUUGCUGAAGGUGCUCGUGUGAUGCUAAUCCGAAACAUUGAUGUAGAAGAUGGACUGGUGAAUGGCUCUUUUGGAAAGAUCGCUAAAAUUGUCUAUGAUGGCCAAGCUGGCAAAACAUUUGUAAAGCUACUUGGUAUUGAGCUAGACAAUCCCAGUGCAGGGCAGAGACAUCGCAACCAGCCUCCAGGAGUGUCGGAUAACUUGACAUAUAUUGACAGAAUCGAGGAACCUCUGAGUAAAAAAGGAGUGGUUCGCCACAUGUUCCCGAUGACACUUUGUUAUGGGGUUACCAUACAUAAAUGCCAAGGGAUGUCAACAGUGUCUAUAGUGGUUUCAUUGAAGCGGAUUUUUGAACCAGGCAUGGCAUAUGUUGGUCUCAGUAGAACUACCUCACUGCGUGGACUGCACAUACUUGAUUUUGAUGAAGGCAAAAUAUAUGCUGAUCCUGAAGUAGCAACUGCGUUGGAAAGUAUGCCAAAAGCACAAGUGGAAAAUUCUAUGCCCCUCCGUCACCAUCUCAACUCACUUGGUUCAUCAUCACGGCUAACACUGAUUCACCACAACACAGAGGGACUGUCAGCCCAUAUGGAAGAUAUCAAGAAACAUCAUGAAAUGUGUCUUGCAGAUAUUUUGUGUUUCACUGAAACACACCUAUUUGGCAACUUUGUCCCAGACACUCUGCAGCUGGAGAAUUAUCACAUGUAUAACCGCAACAGGCAUGUUUCAUACUCUACGCUUUCUCAUCUAGCCCAGAAGAAUGGUGGGGGAGUUGCUGUGUUUCUUAAAAACCAUGUUCAGGCUCAUCAAGUGCCAUACAUUCAGGGUGUUACUGACCUCGAAUUCCUGGUAGUGAAGGUUGUGGCUCCAGUUAAUGUUCUGAUUGCAGUGAUUUACAGAUCACCUGAUUACAACAUAAAUCUAUUUUUGACCAAUCUCCGUCACCUGUUGGAGUCUUUACAGGUCAUUGCAGAUGGCCCAGUUAUUGUUUGUGGGGAUUUUAAUGAGGACCUAUUGGCCACAGGAAGGAAACCAAUCUUUGAGCUGUUUCAGUCAAGAGCUUUCACAAAUCUCAUUACUACUUCUACCACAGAGAAGAAUACGCUGUUGGAUAAUAUUUUCAUCUCUGAUCAUCGGCACUGUGCCCAUUCAGGCGUUCUACAGACGUAUUAUAGUUAUCACGAUCCAGUGUUUUGUAUUUUAACUUAAUUUACAUAUGAUUUUACAAUAGUAUAUGAUGUGACUGUUUAAUCUAUCAAUUGAUGGCAAAGAUGUAGAAUCGUAUGGCCUUGAAAUACUAACAUAAUGUGAACAAAAUAACUGUUUGGACAGAAUGUCAAAAACACUUAUGCUUUGUAUUCCCCAGAUAUCAAUUAACGUUAUCCAAACCAACACAGGGAUUAGUCACCCUGGAGCAACUAUGGGAGUGCCUUUAAUGCUUAACUGAGUUUAAUUAGGUGUUAUGGUUUGUACAAGUUUUGCAUGCUGACAAAGUUCCUUAGACUACACUACCACUGAAACUUGGGAGGUAUCGUUUCUUUGGAAAUUAAUAAACGACCUUUAGAUGAAAAAUGGGUUCAUAAGAAUUUGGUAAGUAUUUUCAAGUUCAAGUAGUCUAUUGUUUAUUGUCACUAGUAUUAUAGCGAAGGAAAAUACAUUAAUAGUAGUAAUUACCAUGGUGUGUGAAUUAUAUCUGAUAUAAGAAUCUGUCUGUCAAGCUAUCUAUUCAUCUAUUUGUUCUAUAUGUUCAUCUGUUUAUCUCCAAGAGCAAUUUGAUGGAUACUCCUGGCACCAAAUUUCAACAAGGACUCCCUGAAACACAUGACUAUUUUAACAUGGGAUGAUGCUGAAACCCCCGAAGACAAUGAGAUUACCACUCCUGGCACCAAAUUUCAACAAGGACUCCCUGAAACACAUGACUAUUUUAACAUGGGAUGAUGCUGAAACCCCCAAAGAUGUGGUGAAAUGAACACUUCAAAAUAGCCUCCUAGAAGGCCUUGUCUACUGAGGACCUAAAGUCUUCUUUCUUGGGAGUCUUGAGGAAGCGGCAAUGGACAUCACAAGCACCGUUAUGUGGAUUUACAAUAACUGCAGACAUGAGAAUCCCAUAGACUGUUGAUGUGGGGACUGUGAUCGAGGCCAUGAAACUUUGCCAAUGUCAUCUCGUCCAUCAUGCUCUACUUACGGAUGCUCUUCAUCAACUACAGGAAUGUGUGUUAACCCCUCCUGGUACCAGGACAACAGCCUAGGUCAAACCAAGGACCUAAUGGUGGACUACAGGAGACUGGAGCAAGAGGAGCACACACCCGUCUACCCCUCUCACUACAAAGGACUUUACUCUACUGUAACUGACCCUUGGCAGAUGGGUUGGGCCCUUGAGUCGUGGAUCUGUCUGAGGUUUCUUCCUAUAUGAAUCUCCAAUUCUAGGGAGUUUUUCCUUGCCCCUGUUGCUCAUGGGCUCUCUUUGAAGGUUUAACA